AUGUGUUCUAAACAAGUUAAUGAAAACUCAUGGAGAGGUCUAUUUCAAAAAUCCCUUGGAAUGCACGGUGAUUGGUCUUUUAAUGUAUUUCGAUUGAUUCCAAAUGAACAAGAUCCAAAUCACAAGAACAAGCAUGAUUUCAAUGAGCCUUAUUACAGAGUAAAUAUUUCUUACACAUAUCACUCCAAAAUUGAUACCAAAGAAUCAGAUGGAAAUAAGGUCGUUCUACAUCAAAUUAUGGACUUAGUUUCUCUGACUGUUCCAAAUGAUCAAGCAAAAUAUCCUAGCCGAGUAACAUUAUUGGGAGAUACUCACCCUGUACUUGGAUUGGGAACCAAUAAUGCAAUUGAAGAUGCUUAUUUUCUUUCUCAGGCGUUACUUAAUAAAUCUUCGGAAAAUUAUAUUUCUUACUUAUUAGGAACGUCACCGACAAUGGUUUCACCGACUGGGUUAUUUCGCCGACGAUCAAUUUAUCGACGAUUAUUUCAUCGACAAGACCUUUUGACGACAAUCAUUUUGCCGACAGCUACAAAAAAGAAAUAG